GGUCAAGAAGAAUCAAGAGACGGAGGCGUUGAGGCGGGCCGGCGUGAAGGUGUCGUCGGCAGAUCAGCACCGAAGGGAGAUCAAAAGGUCAAGGGACGACGCUACUCUUCACGCUGACCUCUAAGGGUAUCACACACGCCGCGGCCUCAGGCUCUUGAAGCGUGGUGACCCUGGGUGAGGGGUCUCAGGCCGCCCAGACAAAGGGAGGAGGACGCAGCCUGGCAAGGACACCGCCGUGCCACGCCCCUGCCUGCCACGCCGGGACCACAGCACCCCUCAGUGCCUCCACCCUAGACGGCUGGUCGGAGCUUAUUGUGAGGCGGAACAGAGGUCAGAGUCGCAGCGUCCACCGGUGCUCUGCUCCCUUGGCGUCAUGGCGGCGCGCUGAAACGCAGGAGGCCGCGUGGCAAGGCCGAGGCUGAUGCGGGAGGUGAGGAGGCGCCUUGUGGGUCACCUGAGUGCUCGCUCUGUGCACAGGAACUGACGUCGAGGCGGGUUGAGUUUCUUUCCGCCCCUUGAGCUAAGAGAAGGCUUGAUGCGCGCAGGAGAAACCUUGCGGCGGGAGAGUGUAGCGCGGAGGUGUGAGGGCGAGGCAAAGGGGAGGCAGGAGGGGUGCCUCAGUGCCUCCGUGACCGCCCUGAAGGGAGGUGCACAGGCCCGAAAACUGUACCUCACGAGCAUGACUGAACUUAGAAGCGUCGCCCUCCGCAUUUUCUCUUAGCUGCAUAGAAAACGGGGUGUCGGGAGCAGCAAAGAUGCUGGUGCCGCGUCGAUGGUGGUGCUCCGAGUCUGGCAGCUCAGUGUAUCGUGCGGGAUGUGCGGUGAAGGAUGCGUGUGAUGCGGCAGUGACGCCUCGCCGCCGUGCAGCGUCUGAGGCGGCGUGUGUUCCUAGACGUGCCAACAUGAGGUCGCGGCGGAGAGACUCUGGCAGGCCCUCGUGGCGCCAAUCCUGGAGAAGACAAAUAGUGAUCUCAAAGGGCAGUGUGAUCCCGACGAACCCGCCCUCAGUGUUUGUUUCGGGCAGCUCACAACCACACGAGCAGUGCUUCAAAAGUGUGGAUACUCAGUGCCUGACGGUGGAGGGGCCAGCGGGAAGCCGCUCUCAUGGGAACACAUUUGUGCAUGCCCCACAGUCGGCGCCCGCCCCUGCCCUGCGCCCUUCGACCUCUCACCACCACGCCCCUUCCUCGUGGCUUCGGAGGGCGUGGUUGGCGACGCUGGUGCUGGUGACCGCUGUGGCGGUGUUGGGGACGCCCGCGGCCGCUAACACGCCGCCAAGAUUUGUGUUAGAUGGCCAAAGCGAGAUAGUGAUUCGCCUGACGGAGGGAGAAGCAACGCCUGUCGGCACAAAAAUCUACACUCUGAAGGGCUACGACCCUGACGGCGACGCCCUGACCUUCGGGGUGCGGGGGGCGGAGGGACGCGACCUGCUGAGGAUCGAACAGAACGGCUCCACGGAGGCCAACGUGUACCUGAGGAAAGCCCUGGACCGCGAGAUCAAGGACGAGUACACGGUGGUGCUGACCUUGACGGACCACAAGCUGGGGGACGGCCAGUUCAUCACCCAGUCCAUGUUGCUGCUGGUGGAGGACAUCAACGAUAACGAGCCUAUCUUCCGACCCUACGAGUCCUCGCUGCUGGUGGACGAGAAUGCGCCGCAGGUGCUGACCAAGCUGCUCGCCACCGACCAGGACGAGGGGCCCUUCGGACAGGUCAUCUACCGGCUGGAGGCUGACACAGAGAGCGAUGUGGAGAAGUUUACCAUUAGCACCGUUGACGGGGAGGGAGUGCUGAGGCUCGUGGGGGACUUGGACUACGAGAGGAAGUCACUUUAUCAGCUGAGGGUGUUGGCUGUGGACCGGGCCAUCAGUGGACAAGUGAACACGGCGACGGCGGCCCUGGUGGUGCGGGUGGGGGACGUGGAGGAUCAGCCCCCGCAGUUCAUCCACGCGCCGCCCGUCACCCGCAUCCCUGAGGACAUCCCUGUGAACUCCGGCGUGCUGGAGGUCAAGGCCGUUGACGGUGACCGGGGAGUGAACAACCGCAUCACUUACUCCAUACUGGAAGGAGACAAGGGCCUCUUCCACCUGGACCCUAACUCCGGCGUGCUGUACGUGAGGAAGCCGCUCGACAGGGAGAGUCCGUUGUCUAACAAUGGUGCCUUCAUCAUCAAAAUACAGGCGGAGGAGGCGAGCGAGGUGGUGUCACCGCCGCCCACCAUGGUGACGGAGGUGACAGUUCUGCUGGAGGACGUGAACGACGAGACGCCCACCUUCAAGGCCGCGCACUACGUCGGGGAGGUGGCGGAGGGCGCACAGUACAACAGUCCCGUCAACCUGCUGGGCGACGCCAUCCCCGAAGUGUACGACCACGACCAGGGCAAUAACGGCACUUUCCGCAUGUUCCUGGAGGAUGACGGCGGCAUGUUCGAGGUCACGCCUCCUGAAGGGGUCAACUUUGCCUCCUUCCUUAUUCGCGUCAGGAACCCGACACUCCUGGACUUCGAAAAAGUCAAAGUGGUGAACUUCACGGUGGUAGCCCGCGAGACAGUAGCGGAAAACCCCAAGUCGUCCUCGGCGCUGGUCACUGUUUACAUCCGGGACACCAACGACAACUUCCCGAUCUUCGGCGAGGAGUCGUACGAGAUGUUUAUCCCCGAGGAUGCGCAGGUGGGGACGACGGUGGCCAGGAUUCAGGCGCGGGACCCUGACAGCGGCAACUUUGGCACGGAUGGCAUCAGAUACACGGACUUGCGGGGCUCCCUGGCCGACAAGCUAGAGAUGGACCCCGAGACAGGCGUCAUUAUCCUGAAGGAAUCCGGGGCGCUGGACCGCGAGAGUUUGGCGGAACACUACCUCACCGCAGAGGCCAGAGACGACCUGGGCCGCGGCAACAGGAACACGGUGGUGGUGAAGGUGGUGGUGCAGGACGUGAACGACCACCCCCCGGUGUUCCUGCAGCCCCGCUACGAGGCACGCAUCCACGAGAACGCCGCCGCCUUCCCGGAGCCGCUGGUCGUGUCUGCCCGGGACGACGACCUCAACGGCACCAGGAACCACGAGGUGCGAUACGUGCUGAUGGGGGGUGACCCGGGCCGGAACUUCACGGUGCACCCCCAGACGGGCCGCAUCACGCCCACCGCCCCCUUGGACUUUGAGGCCAUCCCGCAGGAAGGCGAUCUGCGCUCCUUCAACUUGACUGUCAAGGCGUACGACCUCGGUGAGCCACCCCUAAGCAGCGAGGCGGCCGUGGUGGUGUUCGUGGUGGACGAGAACGACCACGCCCCACAGUUCGACCGUCCCCUGUACCGCAAGACCAUUCCCGAGGACACGCCGCCCGGCACCGCCGUCACUCAGGUGUUCGCCGAGGACCUGGAUGGGUCAGCAGUGAACAGCAAGGUGGUGUUCCGCAUCCAGCAUGGCGCGCAAGACAAGUUUGUCAUGGACGCCGACACCGGCGUCAUCUCGGUGGCUCAAGGCGCCGUGCUGGACCCUGACCGCACGGAGCCGCGGGCAACCACCUAUGUGUUGGAGGUGGUGGCCCUUGACGGUGGGAUAGGCGGAACGCAGCUGCAGGCCAGGACGGUGGUGAACAUUACCAUCCUGGAUGUGAACAACAAGCCGCCAGUCUUCGUGGACCCGGGCACCAUCAGGGUGUCUGAGAAUGUCAACAGUGGCCAUUACGUGCAUCGAGUGGAGGCGGUGGACUUGGAUGCAGAGCCGAGACUGAAGUACUCUCUUGACCCUUUCAACUCUGAGGCCAGGAAUGAGGAAGGUUCCAUUGUCAAACCUACUGAAUACAACUACAUGGAUGCAUUUGAGAUAAAUGAGGUGGAUGGCGUGAUUCGCACGGCGAUGUCCCUUGACCGAGAGCAGGUGGAAGUGAUCCGCAUAGGCCUGGUGUGUGAGGACCUGGAGGCCUCCACAGGCAAGCAGACAGCUACCGCCACCCUGACCAUCAUAGUAGAGGACACAAACGACAACGACCCUCAGUUCAGAAAGCCUUACUACCGGAGGAGUGUUGCUGAAAACUCCAAGAAUGGAACAACUGUUGUGUCUGUUGUGGCUGAUGAUAUUGACAAGAAUCGCACCAUCGCCUACUCCUUGCAGGGUCCGCGACAAGUGCUAUCCCUCAUGAAACUUGACAGUGAAACAGGAGAGGUCAUUGUAACGGGGCGGGUGGACAGGGAGCGAUUCUCAUGGCUCAACUUCACCGUGCAGGCCGUGGACUCGGGGGUGCCCCCCCGCUCCAGUAAUGUCCAGGUGGUGGUUCAGGUUAUAGAUGAGAAUGACAAUAAUCCAACAUUUAUUGAUGUGCCAUCCAACCUGACCAUCAGAGAAGAUGCCCCACCAGGCACUGUGGUAACGACCGUCACUGCCACUGACCCAGACUCAGAUGAUUAUGGUCUUGUUACCUAUUUGCUGGACAGGAAGUCAUCAUUUGGAAAAUUUGAGAUUCAUCCAGACACUGGGGUUAUCACUGUGUCCUCUCCACUCAACCGGGAGGAAAGAAGCACCUUCACCCUCCUCAUUGAGGCUUGGGAUAACUACCAGUUUGGAUACUCUACUAGGGAGUCACGAAAUGCAUUUAUGCAGCUUGGUGUGACAGUUGCGGAUAUCAAUGAUGAGGUACCUGUCUUUGAGGAGCGUAAGGGCUGCACAGUGAUCACCGAGUUCCAUGAGGCCCGGGAGACCAUUACUGUUGUGCGGGCCACUGACGGUGAUGACCUAGACUCACCCAAUGGCAGGAUUCGCUUCACUAUUGAGGGUGGGAAUGAAAAAGGUCUGUUUGAGAUACGCAUGAUAGAGCAAACAGCAGCUGAAAUUUUUGCUGCUAAACCUCUUGUUGGCCAGUAUGGGAAUUAUUCGCUGCAGAUUCAGGCCCAAGACAGAGGCUUUCCACCAAACUCGAUCAUGUCGUAUAUUGACAUUUGUGUGUUGGACUUCAAUGAUCAUGCUCCUGAGUUUGUCUCGCCUUCAGAAAAUGUUACAAUCAAAGUACCAGAGAAUGCCACUGUGGGCAGUCUGGUGAUCCAGGUGAGGGCCACAGAUAAGGACAUUGGGAUCAAUGGAGCAGUGCGGUACAGGAUCCUCAAAGACGGGUUGGGGAACUGGCAGACCUUCACCAUUGACCAGACAACAGGAGCCAUUCUGCUACAAAAACCCUUGGACAGGGAGAGACAGAAGGUUUAUGAAAUAAGAGUUGAGGCAUAUGACCAAGGAACUCCAACGCCCCAUUCAAACGAUCUUGACCUGACCAUUUACGUCCGAAACGUUAAUGAUUAUGAGCCACAGUUUGUUCAAGAUGAAGUCAUCAUGAAUUUUACAGAACACAAGUCACCAGGCGCUGAGCGUUUCCGAUUAGUGGACACUGUUGACCUAGAUGAUGAGGAUGCAGAGAACAGUGCUCAAGUGUGUUACUUCAUUGUCGGUGGAGAUGAAUAUGAUACCUUCAGUCUCGAUCGCCUCACCCACGAACUGAUGGCUAUAAAGGAAUUGGAUCGUGAAGUGGAGGACCAUUACACAUUGCUUGUAAAGGCCACAGAAGACUGCCUCACCAUGCCUGAGCCUGUCCCCUUCUUUGACCCAAGAGAUGACACACUCCUUAAAGUACAUGUCUUUGUGAACGACAUAAAUGACAACCCUCCCAGAUUCACUAGAGAAGUGUUCACUGGUGGCAUUACUACUGCCUCAGACUUUGGCCUUGAAGUCAUGAGACUCACAGCUUAUGACCCAGAUGCUGGAGAGAACAGUAGGCUGAGGUAUUAUAUGGAUGGUCGUGUUCAAGAAACCUUGUCAGAAAACUUGGACACAAUUCGUCGUUCUCCCUUCCUUGUUGAUCCUGUGACUGGGAUUGUGAAGCUGAACUUUGACCCACAGAAGGGAAUGAAAGGAUACUUUGACUUCAAGGUAUACGUUAAUGACACAAGUGGCUGGGGUGACCGUGCAAGAGUGUUCAUAUAUCUUCUUCGAGAGGACCAAAGAGUGCGGUUCAUCCUCAGACAGUCACCAGAUGAGCAGGUCAGAGAGCAGGUGGAGUAUUUCCGGGAUUACCUUGGAAACAUUACUGGAGCAAUUGUCAAUGUUGAUGAUUUCCGAGUACAUGAGAACCAUGACGGCACAGUGGACAAGACGAAGACAGACCUCUACUUGCACCUGGUUGACCGCAGUGACAAUUCUGUCCUGGAGGUGAAACAAGUCUUGGCCAUGAUAGACAAGAAUGUGGAACAUCUUGAUCACCUUUUUAAGGAAUUAAAUGUGUUGGACACCCAGCGUGCUGAGCUGAUCACUGCUGGAGCCAAAGAAGAGGACUUGCUUUUCCUAUGGCUGGUUGGAGUCAUCGUCUUCCUCACACUGCUCCUCGUCCUCACUGUUGCACUCUGCCUGUCACAAAAAGCUCGCUAUUCUAGACGGUUGAAAGCUGCCACUGCAACAGCAUUUGGAGAAUUAAGUUCACUGUCAACAGGCUCCCACGACCCGGGCCUGACCCGCUCCUCGGCUGUGCCCAACACCAACAUUCACAGUGUUGAGGGCAGCAACCCCAUCUGGAUGUCAGGCUUUGACAAUGACUGGUACAAGGAUGAAGACUCCCUGAGGUAUCAACAGUUUGUCCACCAAAGCGAGGGAAAUGACAGUUUGGAUGACAACGCAGUGGAUCCUCACAGCCUCUCCCCUCGUGGUGACCGUGACAUGCCUUACAUCACCCAAAGCAAUGUCCCUAACCCAUUGUCAAGGGAAUCCAGUACUGUGGGAUCCAACACCCAGCUGAUGGGCCAUGAACAGCAGAACAUCAAUGACACAUACCGAGCCAACCUCUACCAGACCUUCCACAAGAUUGCUAACCCCUUGGUUGACAAAAAGCUUGAAACCACAGAGCUUUGACACAAAUGCAGAUCUUCCCAGACAUAGAUUUUCUCAUGAUUCUACUCUUCCAUACAUUUUCAGUGUCUCAGGCCCUCAGGUGAUUUUAAUAGUUGCUUCUAAGAUAUAUGCUCAAAGCCCAACUUAAGUCUGAAACUGAUCCACAUUCAUUCUAAGUAUAAAAACAAAUUUAAUUACUUGAAUGAACUGCUGGCAAGCCUGAUAAAUUCACAUAUCAUUGAACACACAUUUUGCUACCUUAUUUUGUUCACUCAUAAUUUAUUCUAACUAUUCACUCCUGUUAAUUCUUCACUGCUCACACAACUCUUUUGAGAUAACCGUGGGUGCCACAUCGAUAUUUUGUACAAAGUUUCCUGUCUAGUUUAGUUUUUGUACAUGAAAAUGAAACUAUUUAUACAGUAAAGCUUCUCAAUCCUUCAUGCUCAUGUUUCAUAUUGUAGAUAUGUUUAUAUGUUAGGCUAGACGUUCACUAUCCACCAAGAAGUCACAUUAGUAUACUUGUAACAUUUGAUACAACGAAUUCUAGUACUGGAUGGUGAUAAAUAAAAUACUUUUAUUAAGUUCCUA